AUGGCUGAGGCUCCUUUAGCUGAAAACCUCAAGGAAGAUCUGACCUGUCCUUUGUGCAAGCACUACUCCAGCCAUCCAGUGACCUUAGGCUGUGUCCACAAUGUUUGUCGCCAAUGCCACCUCAGGGACCGGAGAGAAGCUGACCAACCCUGCCCUUGUCCUGACUUCAGAAGAACCUUUGAGAUGAUAGAGAGAGACUUGGAGCCUGACCACCACCUAGGGAAUCUGGCCAGCAUAGCCAGAAACAUCAGACCCUACUUACUGUCAUUAGAGGAGGAGAGGGUCAUAUGCGAGCGACACCAAAGGAAGGCAUUAUUGUUCUGUGAGCAUGAGCAAUCUCUCAUCUGUGCAUCUUGUUCCCAAUCCCCAGAGCACAGCAGCCAUACAGUGUACACCAUAAAAAAGGCUGCAAAGGAUUCCAGGGACAAACUCCAAAAGUUGUCAGAUCUUUGCCAUGUAGAAAUGGAGAUCGUUGAGAACAUGUUGUGUGAAGAGAGGCAGAAGGAGAAGAUGUGGAAGGAAAAGGGACAAGCUUGGAGGGAGAGUAUCAUAGCCCAAUACAGAAGAUUUCAUGAAUUGCUGAAGAAAGAGGAAGAGCUGCAUCUUCUCACAUUCACCCAGGAGGAAACUAAGAAGGUCAAGAAUGUAAGAGAAAAUGAGGUCAAACUCUACCAGCAUCUUCAAAGACUAAGGGAGGAGAUGGUAGAUCUAGAGCAAAAGCGUCAGAAGUCGGAUCUUCAACUUCUACAGGUAGUAGGAGACACUCUAACCAGGUGUGAGUCGAUGUUGUCUCAUAUUCCAGAGGUUGUCACAGCUCCAUCAACCAUUUUUCAAAAUACACUGAUGUGGGAAAUGCUGAAACACUUCAAAGUGGAUAUCAUUCUGGAUCCAGAAAGUGCUUGUCCCCAUCUCAUUGUGUCUGAUGAUCUGAAAACUGUCUUACAUGGAUCCUACCAGCAGAAUUACAGAUUUGAAAAUUGUGUCAUCUUGGGGAUUCAAGUAUUCACAUCUGGCAUCCACUACUGGGAGGUAGAUGUUGGAGAAGGAAUGGAAAAGCAUACACUGUCAUGA